AUUUAUUUGUGUGUCCUGGGGCCCCUUCAAGAGUGCCCGAGCCAAUGCUUUCUUUUUUGUCGCUGUGCUGCCAGCCGCCUGCACGAUGGAAGCAACGGCGCCCGGAGUUCUGUCUGACAGAAGGCGCCCGAGAGGUAUCAGGAAUUCUGCUCUUGCCUGCAGAGGGUCGCGCGACUUACCGCGAACACAGUUUGCUUGCCUGGGAAGGCAGCAUGAGUGCACGGCGGCAGCUUCGCGUGCAGUGCUUACAUAUGUGCCGCUGUGGCCGCAUUGCACUGUUGUGCAGCCGGCACCACGGACCCCGCGGCACGAAUUCCUGUCGCACACCUAGAGCCUCCAGUUCCAGGCGCGCCGCUCGGAGAGAGGUGCCGCGUGCCGCGGAAGUCCUUCGGCACGCUCGGUGGCCGAGUGCGCUCGAGCUCGGCAUUGAUCGUCCCGCUGUUCUGCCAGUUGGCGCCCGAGAUCUGCUCAGAGGGGCACUCGGGAUUUUGUCGCAAGUGCUGUUUUUGGGCAUCAGCACGCGAGAGUCGCCGCCGCCUCUGUCUGCCGGGCUCUCCGGGACCGCCUCCUGCCGCGUCGGCGCCGCGGGGCCGGCGGGCCGGCGGAUCGUCGAGCUGGCUGGCCUCGCGAAGGCCCCCGAGCUCAACGGCCGCCGCGGGGUGCUGACUGGGCUGCCCGACGCUGGCGGCCGCUGGGAGGUGGCGCUCUUCGCCCAGGCGGAGCAGAAGACACGGCGGCUGUCCGUCACGCAGGACCGCCUCGCCACCCCGCCGGGCGCGGCCCCGGCCGGCUCCGUGCGCCUGCGCCUGCGGAACGUCCCCGCGGAGUACGACGCCGCCCUGCUGAAGGAGGAGCUCGAGGACGAGUGCUUUAUGGAGGGCGAGCACUUUGUUGGUCUGCUCUUCGACGAGGUCCGGCGCUUCGGGUACCUGACGGCGGCCUGCGAGCGCGUCGCUCUGCAGCUGAUCGGGCAGUUCGACGCCAAGGCCGUCGCUCGCCAGUCUUUCCUCCAGGCCUCGCGCCACUGUGCUAGCAGCCACACACUGGCUCACCUGACUCUGUCACCCCCUCUCGUUCUCUCCCUCUUUCUUCCUGCCCUUGCUCGUCAGUUCUGCCGUGUCGUGCCGCCUCACCUUUCACAGAUCUCCCACCAGCCGGCUGCCCCAGGCUUUGCCUGGGGCCGCCUGGCUGGCUAGUUUGCUCACCCGCCCCAAGCAUCGACCGCUGCUGGUGGGGGGAUGGCCGCUCCUGGC